AUGGAAGGGCAAUCUGCUCGUUCUCGUCACCGCCCUAGCUUCCUGACCAUACUGUGGCCCACAAACUUUGGACUCAGAUUCGCACCCGUGUCGGUUUCGAGGAAUCAGCCACCGCUGUUAGGUCUAUGUGCGUCUCUGGGUGGUGAAUGGGGUAUGUUUGCGACCUUUCGCCGGCUGCGUCGGUAA